CCUCCUACCCUCGGUUACAUGACGCCACCCCUCCCUCCGAAGACUGGAUCUGCGCCUCCAUUUUUGUUCUGGGGCAGAGAGGCAGGGGCUCCCGGGCAGGAGGGGUCAGAGGAAACGGUAACUAUCACCCGCCGAGGGGAAGAGGGUGCUGUCCUCCCUCCUCUCGCUCAGUCUGCACCCCGGCAUCCCCUUCCACCCUCUCGGGGUCUUCCCCCGCCCCUUGUUGCUAAGGCCCGGACCGUCAUCCCAGCAACAGCCUCAGUCAUGUGACCCGCAAUGGCGGCGCUGACGGGAGCUCUGGUCAGCUGAAAGUGCAAGUGGAGAGACUUCUGCCACCAUCUUCCAUGGUCCUUUCAGGCCACACAAUCUCCAAGUAGCAGGGAAAAGGAGUGAGCCUGCAUGCUAAUUCUAAGCUCUUCCGGAUCAAAUGUCGUUCGUCCUGUCCAGAAUGGCAGCCUGUGGAGGCACCUGCAAGAACAAAGUGACUGUCUCCAAGCCUGUGUGGGACUUCCUGAGCAAGGAGACCCCAGCCCGGCUGGCCCGGCUUCGGGAGGAGCACCGAGUGUCCAUCCUCAUAGAUGGCGAGACUUCUGACAUCUACGUGCUCCAGCUUUCCCCACAGGGUCCUCCCCCAGCCCCUCCCAAUGGGCUCUACCUGGCCCGGAAGGCUCUCAAGGGGCUACUGAAAGAGGCCGAGAAAGAGCUGAAGAAAGCUCAGAGGCAGGGGGAGCUCAUGGGCUGCCUGGCUUUGGGGGGUGGUGGGGAGCACCCUGAGCUGCACCGCCCAGGUCCACCUCCUCUCCGAGCAGCCCCACUCCUGCCCCCAGGAGCAAGAGGGCUUCCCCCUCCUCCUCCUCCCCUGCCCCCUCCACUUCCUCCUCGUCUUCGGGAGGAGGCUGAAGAACAGGAAAGCACCUGCCCCAUCUGUCUGGGGGAGAUCCAGAAUGCCAAGACAUUGGAGAAGUGCCGGCACUCUUUCUGUGAGGGCUGCAUCACGCGGGCCCUGCAGGUGAAAAAAGCCUGCCCCAUGUGUGGCCGAUUCUAUGGGCAGCUGGUGGGCAACCAGCCCCAGAAUGGGAGGAUGCUGGUCUCCAAGGAUGCUACCCUCCUGCUACCCAGCUAUGAGAAGUACGGUACCAUUGUCAUCCAGUAUGUCUUCCCGCCCGGUGUCCAGGGGGCUGAACACCCGAACCCAGGAGUUCGGUACCCUGGUACCACACGGGUGGCCUACCUCCCGGACUGCCCCGAGGGCAACAAGGUGCUGACCCUGUUCCGGAAGGCGUUUGACCAGCGUCUCACCUUCACUAUCGGCACAUCCAUGACUACAGGGAGACCCAAUGUCAUCACUUGGAACGACAUCCACCACAAGACCAGCUGCACAGGGGGACCCCAGCUGUGCGACUCCUCCUCAUUUCCCUCCCCCUGCCUCCUCCCCUUCUUUCCAUUUCUACUUUGGGGAGUUCUCUAUCCCCUCUUCUGGGAGUCUCCUAACCGGAGAAGACCACCCACCACUUCCUCAUUCUGGUCCUGAUGUGUUCAGCUUACCAAACAAAACAAAAACCAAAAAAACUCCGCCGACUCUGGCUUAUCUUGGUUCUGGAGAAGUGGGGACGGGUCUGAAUUUGGCCUCUACUGAGUCUCUCGAAAUGAGGGUGGGCAGCAAUGAGCGAGUCCAGACAGCUAACUCUGACCCUCCUUUCUCUUUGCCCAGGUUUGGGUAUCCGGACCCCACCUACCUGACCAGGGUGCAAGAGGAACUGAGAGCCAAGGGUAUCACAGAUGACUGAAGGACAUCCCCUUUGCCAAGGCCCCUGCUGUCCUCUUCACUAGGAUCCAAUGGAAGCCUCUCUUCUCCUCUCUCUCUGCCCCCACACACCCUCGAGGGGAUUUGUCUGACUGGAGUGGGAGUUCAGUGGGGAAAGGGACAGCCCCUUCCCCUGCCCCCCAUUGGCCAAGUGCUCCUGUGCCCUUUGAGCCGCUCCCCUCCGGCAGAGGCUGGUUUCCAAGGCUCCCCUCCCCGCACUCCGUGUACAUAGUCUACGCCCCUGCUCCUCCAGUGUCCUAGGCUUCUCCUGGUAUGUACCGUGCUCCAGUGACUAAGCUGAGAAAGGACCUGGGUAGGGAGGAUGGAGGUCUCUUGAGCUCCAGCCCCUCAAUACUGUACUGUUUCAUUGGACUGAUCUUAGCUGCCUCCCCCAGCCAGCUGUGUGUUAAGAUAACAGUAGUCCUACCUUAACGGAUCCUUUCUCUCCUGUGUCUGUCUCUGUCAGUCUGUCUUUCCCUCGCUCUUCCCUGCCCCUAUAAGGAGCCUCCUCACCCUGUUCUGGAAUUGCUGCCAGACUGUAGCUUUUAAUUUAAUAAAAAUAAAGUAAAAUAUGCAACUCUA